AUGGCAGCCGCGGUGGCCCCGCGAGGUCGGCCGGGGGGCGACCCCGGCGCGCUCGAUCGCGCCGUGAAGCUGCUGCAGCGCCUGGAAGCGCAGUGCGGGGACCCCCGGUUCUCCACCAAUCCCCCCUCGCUGAGCAACCUGCUGCCCCGCAUCGCGCAGCUGCUGCGGGACGUGGCCCGGGAGCAGCGGCGCGAGCCCCGGGACCCUGCCGAGGGCCCCGGGGGCGCCGCCGACUUCCUCUGCAUCUUCCUCGCCAACCUGGAGGCCAAGGGCCGGCAGCUGGCCGCCCUGCUGCCUCCCCGGGAGCGAAAGGCCGCCAAUGACCAGCUCUUCCGGGAGGGCACCUCCCUCAGGCGACAGUUGGCCAAGCUGGCGCUGAUCUUCAACCACAUGCACGCGGAGCUCGGCGCGCUCUUCCCGGGCGGGCAGUACUGCGGCCACUUGUACCACGUCACCAAGCCUCAGGCACACGCCUUCUGGAGGGAGUUCUGCGGAGUCCGGUGUGUGAUGCCCUGGGCUGAGUUUCAGUCACUCCUGGGCACUUGCCACCCCAUGGAAUCAGGCCCCACGGCCCUGGCCUUGCGCUCCACCAUCGACAUCACCUGCAGCGGCCACGUGUCCAUCUUCGAGUUCGAUAUCUUCAGCAGGCUCUUCCAGCCCUGGCCAACGAUCCUGAGGAACUGGCAGCUCCUGGCGGUCAACCACCCGGGGUACAUGGCCUUCCUUACCUACGAGGAGGUGCAGACUCGCCUCCAGGCAUGCAGACACAAGCCAGGCAGCUACAUCUUCCGGCCCAGCUGCACGCGCCUGGGGCAGUGGGCCAUCGGGCACGUGAGCACCGACGGCAGCAUCCUGCAGACCAUCCCGACCAACAGGCCCCUGUUCCAGGUGCUUCUGGAAGGACAGAAGGACGGCUACUACCUCUAUCCAGAUGGGAGGACCCAAAACCCAGACCUCUCUGAGCUCUGCCAGAAAGAAACCCACCAGCAAAUCUUCGUCCCUGAGGAGCAACUGCGGCUCUACUGGGACAUGGACUCCACCUUCGAGCUGUGCAAAAUCUGUGCCGAGAACAACAAGGACGUGAAGAUCAAGCCCUGCGGCCACCUGCUCUGCAGCCACUGCCUGGCCACCUGGCAGCUCUCCGACAGCAAGACCUGUCCCUUCUGUCGCUGCAAGAUCAAGGGCCAAGAGUCCAUCAGCAUCAGCGCCGCAGGCCCGCCGGGUGAGGAGCCGAAAUUCCUAAAGGAAAAGUCCCCCCUCCAGCUGGUCCUGGGGGGCCAACGACCCUGCCCGGUCUGGAUGCCAGGGUACCCAGAUAUGCUGCUAAAGGGAACCCAGGACCUGGAAGGGGCUACAGAAAUAAACUGCCCAGUCCAGCCUGUGUUCUGA